CUGGCUUUGGAGGUGGCGAUGGCAUCCUCCCGGCUGGCGAAAAGGAGACGAUGCAGAACCUCAACGACCGCCUGGCUGCCUACCUGGACAAGGUGCGAGCCCUGGAGGAGGCCAACACUGACCUGGAGGUCAAGAUCAGGGAAUGGUACAAGAAGCAGGGACCUGGCCCAGACCGUGACUACAGCCCCUACUACAGGACCAUCGAGGAGCUCAGGAACAAGAUUCUUGCUGCAACUGUUGAAAAUGCCAACAUCGUCUUACAGAUUGACAACGCCAGGCUGGCAGCUGAUGACUUCAGAACCAAGUUUGAGACGGAGCAGGCUCUGCGCCUGAGCGUGGAGGCCGACCUCAACGGCCUGCGCAGGGGCCUGGUCCUGGAUGAGCGGACCCUGGCCAGAGCUGACCUGGAGAUGCAGAUCGAGAACCUGAAGGAGGAGCUGGCCUACCUCAAGAAGAACCACGAGGAG